GCGCAAAAACAUUGAAUUUUAAUUAAAAAUGGCCGAAGAGAACAGAACCGAGCCUGUUCCUUUGCGAGGCAAAUUGAGAAGAUCAUCCUUUGCGAAAAAUUGCGUGACAUCAUCAGUUCAUUUUCCGGGAUUUUUUUUGCGCGCUUUGAUUUCGGUUUUGAUUCGCCUUAAUUUCUCGAAGUCGACGAAGCCAAUCCGGUGCUAUCGUAUGACAAAUCAUCCUGGUGUUUAUGACCCCACAGUUUCAAGAGCUAUUCAGCCACAGGGGCCGGUCAAUUCGAUCGAAGCUAACCUCUCGCGAACACAAGAGCAUCAGUUACAAAUAAAAUCAACGAUACCAGGAAAAAUGCUUUCGGAUCCGGAUCCGGUCAUAAGGUUAUUUGCAGAAAAAACGGUUUUUCCGAUAUGUCUAUCCCCGCCGGGUGCAACAGCAACAAAUGUUCUGCUCAAUCCUGCUGCUAAGAUCAGUGCUGCUCCCGGUACGGAAGCAGCAGAACAGCAACAAAAAAACAAUUUUUUGGGCAAGGCCAACAAUAGCAGACCAAGUAAAGGUUUGUGGUUGUAG